AAUGGCACUUUGCAUUUCUUUAUUUAUGAAAAUUGUUUCAUGCACGAAAAUUCAAACGAGAACCAUUCUCAGUCCUUACAGCAAAUCCCAAAGCCAUUUAAACAGACUUCAAAUUCCCCAAAAUUCCUAUGGAAUGUCUGGGUUCUUUGACCCAGAAGAGCCUUUUUACCAGCAGCCUUUUGUUUUUCAGUUUCAGUUCUGAGCCAUGGGUUUCAUGGGAUAUGACUCAGCAAAUCUUCCCACUCAGAUUUUUCCCUUUCCAUUUUUUUCAUAUCCCUGGUUUUGCUCUACUUCCUCUGAAGUUCUUGCUUACAUUGACUGAACACUUGCUGAAUACACACUAUUUUGCUCCUUUUGUACCCAAAAGGAAUGUGUUUUUCAAUUGCUAUCUGCAGAGAAAGACAUGACAACUGCUGUUUCUUUCUAUAGCCCAAUCACCAUACAAAUUUACAUUUUUAUGUUUUGCAUAAAAAGCCCUUGUUGCAUAACAUGUCAAAAUCAAAUUGUUAGUCGUAGUGUUCAGUAUGGCACAGUGCAAGACAUGGAAUAACACAUUAUACGCACAUACACACACACAAUACAAAAUAAAGUACAGUAUGUAAAUGCUUAAGUGCUUAAAGGAAAUAUCUAUGUAACCUUAUCCAUCAUUUUGAGUGAGUUUUAUGCACUUAUGUAAAAGGUCAAAUCUCAGAUUUUUAAUGUUAUAUAACUGUUAUGUUUCUACUCCAAACCAUUGCCGAGAUAUAACCAUUUAAAUGUUGGCCGAGACUUUUCUUUUUACUUUAGCACAUAAAACUCAGAAUAUGUUUCUUGUUCAGUGUGAAUCAAAAUGAAGGAGCAGGCUAUACAUUAGUGCAGACAGCAGAACAAUAAAUACAGGAGAUGAAGUAAAAGUUUUAAAAUGUUAAAUAAGCAUCUAUUUCUCUUUAUUUAGCUAGCCAGAGCUAACAGUGUAAAAAAAUGUUAUUGUUUUAAUUUUUUUAUUAUUAUAAUUUUUUUUUAUAAAUGUCUUUAAACACAUUGAUAUUUGUACUAACUAGCUUUUAUUGGAUUGAUGGAGUGGCUCUCUCUGGCGGUCACUACCAAUAUUGUAAUUUUCCAUCUCGCUAUUUUUAGGUGACUUUUUGGGGCAGUCCGCAGCUAAAACGAUUGGGAAGUGUCUAUUAUCCGAGCUUGGGGAUGAGUUUCUCACAAGAAAUGUGGAGGGAUUUUUUUUUUUUUUAGUUUCGUUGCCUAAAACGCUCUCUUUUAUGGUAACGUAUAUAACCUACUACUGUGAAGGCUUGGCUCAUGUAUAUUAAUUACGUAGGGCCAGAAAGUCUGACCGAUUGGCUGAGAGGCAGACGUGGGCAAGUGGGCGCUAGCUAGCGAACAGUUCUGUGGCGUAGGCUUGGCUCAUGAAUAUUAAUCAGGCCUCUUGAUUGGACGUUCUGUGGAAGGUUACCAAGCAACGUCGGCAUGAGCUCUUUAAUACACAUGAGCUUAGCCUUGGUCGUAGUAGAAUUGGCAGUUUCACAGGAGGAUAGAGGAGCUUCACAUGCCCGGAGUGGCACAAACAUGGCUACCGAGUGUAACUAAAGCACAGGCAAAACGGCGAAGUUGUGCCCUUAAAUCUCACCGUUAGACCGUCUAUAUCAAUGUGACAGCGUCGUAUCAGUGCAAAAUUGAGAUACAGAUUAUGACUAGAUGAGGUUUACAAACCGGAUUUACCGGAAUGGGAUCGUUUGAUAACGUUUGAUCUGAUUACAUCGCUUGGAUUAUUCCCACUAACCAGUAGUGUUGAACCCCUGCUGCCUGAGUCUGGGAUUGUAGCUGAUAUUGAGGUGGACGGCAUUUUCUCCACCGAUUCUGACAUUUUCUACGAGAUAAAGAGUCAGCCCAUUACAUCAAGUGGCUCUCUGACCUCUGCUGACCCCGUGACCCCAGCUGGCUCUGUGAUGACGUCACGUGUGUUGAUGAGACAGGAGCUGAUGCGACAGCAGGCUCAGGACCAGGAGAGGCGGGAGGCCCAGAAACAGGCCUCCAGUGCUCAGCUGCGGGCCUCUGAUGCCACCCCUGCCAUCUCUGUCGCCUCCACACUGCCUGCCACCCCCGCCCAGGUGCCCGUGGAAGUGCUGAAGGUUCAAACUCACUUGGAAAAUCCGACAAAGUACCACAUCCAACAGGCUCAGAGACAGCAAGUGAAGCAAUACCUCUCUCACACCCUGGGAAAUAAAUUAGCCAAUCAGACCCCGGUGACAUCACCCUCACCCAAACCUGGCUCCGCCCCAGAGUUGGCACCUGCUGCCAGCAGCACUCCCUGCAGCCCACUGGCUGUGCUCAGCUUGGGAUCAAACAAAGAAGAGAUUGAGGACGUCAUCGAUGACAUCAUCAGCCUGGAGUCAAGUUUAAAUGAUGAAUUUAUGACUUUGAUCGACUCGGGUUUGCAGCUUCCCAACACGCUGCCAGUUUCAGGGAACCUCCUGGAUGUGUACAGCAGUCAGGGGAUGGCGACACCCACCAUCACUGUCAGCAACUCCUGCCCUGCAGACCUGCAUGACAUCAAGAGAGAGCUGACAGAUCUUCAUUCUGCAAGUUUCCGAUGUGGAAGUGGCUCACCAAAUGCUUAUCAAGAGCCGUCCGUCUUUACACUGCAAAGCUCGGCACAGAAGCCGCAUCAGCAGCUGCAUAAAUACGCCGAGGCAAAAGCUCUUAUGAAGGAGAGGCAGAAAAAAGACAACCACAACAUCAUUGAGAGAAGACGACGGUUCAACAUUAAUGACCGCAUUAAGGAACUGGGAGCGCUUAUUCCAAAAUCCUCUGACCCGGAGAUGCGCUGGAAUAAGGGGACCAUCCUGAAGGCGUCAGUCGACUACAUCCGCAAGCUGAAGAAGGAGCAGCAGAGAGCCAAAGAGAUGGAGAUGAGACAGAAGAAGCUCGAACAUGCCAACCGCAGUCUGCUCCUGCGCAUUCAGGAGCUGGAGAUGCAGGCUCGUGUCCACGGCAUCUCUUCAUCCCAGAAUUCUGACUCCACACUAUCCCAGCAGCAGACAUUAACUCUGGAUUCCCACCCCAGCAAUGAUCCCCUCUCCAAAACCCUUUUGUCGCUCAAUGGGGUGGGGCUCAACCAGAUCACACCCUCUUCUUUCUUGUCUCCGCCUUCUUCCACCUCCUCUGUGGGCGGGGCAGUUACAAGCCCCCUGGACCUCGGGACUCUCAGCUUUGGCGAGUUAGACGACCCUGCCUCCUCCGUAUUUAACCCUGCCCUGAUGGCAGAUAUAGGAUUGGGGGACAUCCUAAUGGACGACGGUGGCAUCGAUCCCCUGCUUUCCUCUGUGUCCCCGGGAGCUUCCAAAACAAGCAGUCGUAGAAGCAGCUUCAGCAUGGAGGAAGAUGUGUGACACCCUGAUGUCAGACAAUAGUUUGGCGUGGUCCACAAUGACUAUCGUUUAAGUUGGUAGAGCAGCGCUGCAACCCAGCGUCUACGUUCCUGCUUGCGUUCUCCAUUGACGGCCAGUAGAGGGCAGUGUAAUCCCAAGAUCAUUCAUUUAUCGUUGUACUGUUGAAGUCUUGUAGGAACAGUGGUAAGUUAUAUACGAGAGGGGACUCAAAAAUACAAAGACUUUGGGAGCAGACGCUGAUAUUUAAAGCCUUGUUUAUUAUCUGGACCUCUGAUUAAUAGCAGAAUAUAUUUGUACAUAGAGUAGAUUUAGUGCAUCUAAAACAUCUAUUUUGUGUUUGUAUUAUGCAGAUGAAUGAAAAGUAGCAAGCAGUAUAAUAAUAACUUCUAGACAAAAAGCCACCUUAAUUUAUAAGACAUGUCGGGACAAAAACAUGCCUGAAAAGGUAAAUAUCUGAUUAAUUUUAGAUUAAAUUGUCACCUUUAUAUGCCAUAAACAGUAGGGUCCAAAAGUCUGCAACCACAUUGAAAAUGUAGAAUCAUUUGAACCUGGAGAAAAAAAAAUUAAAGGAGAUUUAGGAAAAGUUUAAUAAAAUGAAGAAGAAAUAUUUAGGUAUUUAAGAUUUCUAGGUCACUUAUCAAAUGUAAGCAAAUUUGAGCAUGUUAACUUCCUUGUUUAGACGGUCAAAUUUCACACAAGAUGCUCUGCGGAACUUUCUUAAAUCAUGCUGGAUUACAUGAUCAUCAGCUUUUGAUGCCAGCUCGAGUGCACGCUAUUCUUUAAGCAAAAGUGGGACAUAGCAAAUAGAAAGAAAUUCUGAAAAUCAUACACAUUUUUUAAUUGAACUUUUCACUCAGAUUGUUAUGCUGAUAAUAUAAUUUGUAUACAAAUUUAAAAUGAAAAAUGUUUAUGAGAUAAAUGCAUAAUAGGAGAAUUUUAUCUUGUGGUCUCAGACUUUUGAACUUGUCAUGUUAACUUUGAGGUAGCUCAUCAAAUAUCAAAGGGACAGUAGUGUUUUUGUUUCCUUUUUUGAAUGUGUGCGAGAAUGUGUAUCUGCAUGCUUGCACGUCUGCACAUUUGAUCAAGGUGGCAGUAAACCUGUUUUUAAACGUGCUUGUAUGUGUCCUCAGGAAAAACCAACUGACAGAAAAAACUCUGCGUUCAUUUCAAGUUGGGAUCUUUUUUUUUUUCUUUCAGAGAUUUUGAAGGCUUUGAAAGAUGUAAAGCUUAACAGAAUGAAUAAAUGCUUGAGAUAUUUUAGAAAAAGGCCCAAAUGUCCCAGAGCUGGUACAUUCAAUACCUACACAUUUAAAGAUGUAUUAAAUAGGUGUUUAUCUAUUCUGAACAAAACUGGAUCUUGGCCAGCAAGGAUAUUUCUUAGGCCAACUUUGAUUUUAACUUAAUGAUUUUUAUUUGAUCAAAUUGAGACCCCAACAAUUCAAAAUUUCUAAUUUUGGAUCACUAAUUAUUAUAAUGUGCUGAUGUUAGAUUGUCUAUGCAAGUACUUUCAUGGCGAAGCACCAAAGGUUUACGUGAUCAGAUGACAGUCGAGUUUCAUUUGACAUUCAAAGAACCUCUGAUGCCACAAAAAUGUUCCUGUUCUCUGCCAGACAGGAACAAAUCAUAUUAAAUAGAUAGUUCACCCAAAAAUGAAAAUUCUCUCAUCAUUUACUCACCCAGAUGUGUAUGACUUUCUUUUUACUGCAGAACACAAAGAACUCCAGAACUUCCAGAACUCUGAAGCUCCUAAAAGAACAUAAAGGCAGCAUAAAAGUAAUCCAUACUCCAGUGGUUACAUCCAUGUCUUCUGAAGUGAUAUGAUAGGUGCGGGUAAGAAACAGUUCCAGUCCUAUCAUAUUGCUUCUGAAGAUAUGGAUUUAACCGCUGGAGUCGUAUGGAUUACUUUUAUGCUGCCUUUAUGUGCUUUUUUGAGCUUUAAAGUUCUGGACCCUGUUGACUUGCAUUGUAUGGACCAACAGAGCUGAAAUAUUCCUCUAAAAAUCUUUGUGUUCUGCAGAAGAAAGUAAGUCACACACAUCUGGGAUGUCAUGUGGGUGAGUAAAUGAUGAGAGAGUUUUCAUUUUUGGGUGAACUAUUCCUUUAAUGAAUCGUUGAACUGUCAUUUUGAGUUUGAAAUGCAUUACUGCAAUGCAUUUGGCUGAAUUAUGGUUGUUACACAUGUUCAUUGUCAUUAAUGGUUAUUUCAAGUUUUAUAGACCCAGUUUUUGAGCCAAAAGCCACAUUGAAAGGAAAUCAGACGAAAACGCUUCCUUUUAAUGAAACCGUAGAAUGAGGUGUAAUCUAAGUUUACUUUUGCGAAAGUACUUGUGUAUAACAACGCUGGAAACAUACUGUAUAAAACUGUUUUUUAUAUGACUGUAGACUGAUUUUCAGAUUUUGGCGCUAUAAUUUUUUUUCCCAGUGGAGAAAAGAUAAAAACUAAAAGGUGCAGGAAUAUUUUCGACUUAUCUAUACCAUGUGGUGAUGUAUCUGGGUAAACAUGUAUAUAAUAAUAAUAUAUAUUGAAUAUAUGACGUGCUUGUGUAGCACAACAACUAACAAACAUUCUGAAGAUAUUUUUAUUUUACUCUUUAACUGUGCUAUUAUCGUGAAUCAAGUUAUAAAACUUGUGUUUAAGGUUACACAAAAUAUAUUUUUUAAUGUUUUCAAAGAUAUUAGUGUCUAACAUGAUGGAUAGUUUUAGUACCUUGCUGGCAAAAAGGGGAAAAAAAAAUACUUUUCUAGUAAACAUUACUUAAUUAAAAUGCCUUUUAGAAAAAUCACAGAACACAUGAUUAUCGUGUCGUAAAAUGACAGUAAAUAAAUCAAUUACUUAAGAUCUAUGCAAUGUCAAUCCCUUGUGCUUGUGUUUGUGUGAUCCCUGUAUUGUUGCAUUCAGUUUUAGCGUGGUAUAAUGCAGAAUUGCAUGUCCACAGCUGGUGUGCAGCUGCUUUGUCAAUGCAGAAUCACAGCUGAAGAUGCUCAGAGCUGCCGAAACUUAAAUUCAGUCCCAAACCGCAGGGAAUCGCUGUUUUCUUGGCUCUCUUCCAGCUAAAUUAUUACUUUGAAUAUAUUCCUUUGUAGCCUCUUUUUUUUUUUUUUUUUUUGACACCCAGCAUUGGGAUCUGAGCCUUUGUGUGUUUUGGACAUUGUUGUACAGUUUCUGCUUGUUCAAAUGUCCUAAAAUUUGCCAUCAGUUAUGUGGUAUGUCAAGAGCGUCAUCUGAAAAAUUAUGUCAAAACUUUUGAAAUUCACUGUAUUGCAAACGAAUAGAUAAAAAAUAGGCAGUGUUUACAUUCAUGUCAUGAAUAUGUACUUGAUAAUAUCUUGUAGAUGUCCAGUCAGACUUGAGCAAAGGGAAUGUGUUUUGUUGUAUGUUGUUCUCUAUUUCAAUGUAUCCACACUGUGGAUGUUUAUUCCUGUAUUUUCCUAACAACAUUGAAAUAAGCAACAGUUAUGCAGAAUUCUUUUUGUACUCUUCGAUUUUAGUUUUGCUUUUGUUUUUUACUUUUAGGAAAAAAGUAUGAAUAAAGUUUUAAAACAGCUGUA